AUGCCCACCGACUCCAAGACAAAAUCGCGCCCCCAGCAGUCGUGUCUGAAAUGCCGCGAGCGCAAGGUGAAGUGUGACCGCCACAUCCCAUGUCGGGCGUGUCGGGCCCGCGGCCUCGAGGCCGAGUGCAGUUAUCUCACCACCGCCGAGGACCGCGUGCAGAUCAAUAUGGCCCAGAUCAUCGAGCGACUGCGGCGCGAGGUCGACGAGCUGCGCGGUCGACACCCCCCGCCCGCCCGCGAACCGAGUGAGGGAAGUCGUAGCUCCGGCCAACAAUGCUCAUUCGGAGAGUCGGGAUAUGCACAUGAACCACAUUCACAGGGGGCCGAGGGCAGCAGCCUGCCCGGUUCUUCACCGUCGUCCACGUCGACCAUGACCAUCUCCCGAACCGUGACUAGUCCCGAGAGCUCGGGCAGUGACGGUGGCGUGACGGGGGUUCCGCAACAUUCUUAUUCGAUCCCGGCGCAUCCGUAUGUGGCCGAGCUGGAUGGUUCGGUGACGAUGCCUGAGGCGUCUACAUUUGAUUGUGAGUAUGGUGUGGUGGUCUCGGACCAGAGCGUCCAUGUUGACCAUGUACAGAUUCGAUGGACGCACCGACAAUACCGGGCAGCUAUCCCGGAGGCAUGCCGGGACUGGUAG